UCUCCAGGCGCCAUUUCGUGGUUGGAGCAGCUCUCCAGUCCCAAUGGGAAAGCAAACGCUCUCCGCGUUAAACAAAGUUUUUCUUCGCGAUUUAAAUGCCAAAGGGAUUCACUACGACUGGCGGACAUGUCCGAAAGUUCAUCAGGAGUGAACACCAGCAGUGACAGUCUCCCCAAAUCACACUCUUCCCAUUACUCUGAACUCAGUGAUACACACACUCUCUCAGUGGAGCACACAACAGACUCUGGUAUCGUCGCCACUCCACUGCCAUCCAGUCGAUUCCGAUUUACAUCAUGGCAUCAGAUUGAGGAAUCUGAUGUUUGUGGAGAUCAGCUAGCCUGCCCAAGAGUCAGAGAGGGGCCUGCAGAAAAUGACCAUGCUUCUAGGAAUCAGCAGAUCUUUGACAGGAAUAGCAGGAGGAAGAGAGAACAACAUGACAAGCAGACAUGGGAGGAGAGGCUGCAGGAGAAUUGGGAAAACUGUACGGAACUGAAUCUGUCCUACCAGGAUCUGGGAGAUGCAUAUCAGCUGGAAAAUUUCAGACGCAUCCUAAGAAGGCUUAUCAGAGUAGAGCGCCUGCAGCUGGUGGACAAUGCACUGUGUGACCUCAGUUUUAUCCGACUGCCAAGAUGUAAAAGCCUGAACCUGCACAGGAAUCACUUGAAGUCUCUCGCUCAGCUGCCAAAGAUUCCUGCAAUUGAGCACCUGUGUGUAUCUGAGAACAACAUCAGCAGCCUGGCAGAACUGAAGUUGCUGGAACACACACCGCUGCACACACUUACCCUUAGACAUAACCCCUGUGAGUUCUUGGAGAACUACCGCUCACGUGUGUUCUUUUAUUUGCCAAAACUCAAAGUCCUGGAUGGCAUCCCUAAGCUGCCAGAAGAUUCGGUGCCUCCAUUUUCUGAAUCCUCCAGGCUUUGCAUCAUUCUGUGACAUUGGCAGCAGAUCUUAAGACAAGAUAUCCAGCCUAAUGGACAGAAAGAAGCAAAAGCCAUGCUCUCUUUUGUUGUA